AGGUUAAAGUAAUAGAAACUGGUAGAGAGGAGUCACCGCUGGAAGAGGAGCUUUCUGAUUGCCGGAAACAGUGAAUUUUGAGAUCUCUGGUAAGAAGUCCAUUCCCAGGGACAGUUGUGUCUGGAGUGUCCUUGGCAACUGAACACAUGGUGUCCACCAAAAAUCUUGAGAAACUUUAACCAUUCACCAAAUGGCAGGAAGACCAUCUAGUCAUUGGAGAAAUCAGGGAGCUGAUGCAAAACCACCAAUGCCUCAGGAGGGAGCUCUGCUUCCAGCUGCUAAAGCAGCCAGUCCAAGGGGUUCAGGAUCUAGAAGCCAAGGAGGUAGAUCAAAGGGUGGGAGUCCCAGCUCAACCAAGCCGUCAAACACUGGAAGAUCUCGGAACCCAACUGUUAACACCAGAAACACUGAAACACAGAGAUCCACCAAGUCAACUACCAAAGGAGCAGAAGGCAAUGGUAAUGGUGUCACACAAACCACGUUGGUUACUGGUAAUGCCAACUCUGGAUCCAAGGCAUUGGGUAAAGAGAGACACACCAACAAGCAAGUUGAUAAAAACAGUCAAGCCAGCAUUUCUACCCAACCAGAGAUGAUCAGUAAGCAGAGGGUAGCAGAAAUUGAGAAAGAGACACGGGGUCAAAGGGAAAAUCCAGCUUGGUUUGAGCAGCGUAGAAACCGAAUCACUGCCUCAGUAGCGCAUAAGAUUUCCCACAGCAAGUUUGUGAAUGGUAAAAGCACUGAGGUUCCUCAGUCCUAUCUUAAGCCUAUUUUGGGCCAGGGCUCAAAUGUUAUGACGCCUGCAAUGAAAUGGGGUGUCCAGAAUGAGUCCGUGGCUAUCAAAAAAUAUGAGAAGCUAAAGUCUGAGGACAUCGAGCGCCAGGUACAUGUCAAGUCAUGUGGGCUGUUUGUUGACCCAGAAAAGCACUGGUUGGCAGCAAGUCCUGAUGGAGUAGUGGUUGACAAGGCAACAGGGGAUACCAUUGGCCUGGUUGAAAUCAAGUGCCCCUACAAACACAAAAAUCACACCAUCAACAAAGCUUGCGAAGAUAAAACAUUCUGCUUGGAACGCAACAACGGUGAACUUCAACUGAAAAAGAAUCAUCCCUAUUUCACCCAGAUUCAAUGCCAGUUGGCAGUUGCAGGCCUCGAGCAGGCUGACCUUGUAGUCUAUACUGACCGUGAUGUUGCCAUUGUCCCAGUAAAAUCUGAUAAUAAGUUCUGGAAGGAGACUGAAAAUAAACUCGAAGAUUUCUACACCAGAGCAGUCCUACCAGAAUUACCAGAAUUACAGAAAAACAAUCAAGUGUUGGCAAAUGAAGAGUAACCAUAUGAAAUAUUCAUGGUGUUUCCCUAAAUAAACCUAUACUUAAAAUGUUGCACCCGCUCUCUUCAAGAAAAUGUCUGAAAUCAAAAGUUAUUAAAAGGAAAAUUCAUGGCAUUGUUAGGAUAAAACUGUGGCUUUCUGAACUUUAUACCAGGAAGUAAUUAUGAAGCUUCAGCAAUGGAAAACAUGAUUCCACAAUUUCCCGGUAUUGUAUCCAGAAACUAAUAAAAUGGCUGUUUCACUGU